ACUAUAUGAAGACAGAGUACCUUUAGUACAGAGUAUUUUACAAACUUAUAAAGUUCAAAUAUUAUAAAUAAAUUCACAUCUAUACCCGUUACUUUUUCAAAAAAUCUUUUAUUAUUCUCAUGUCAACAAUCUACAAUUCGCGCCCUUGAACAGUGUUACCAAAUUUACGAUUCCAUAAACGCAAACAGAAUUACAAAUAAAUACUAUAUCGGGGAGAAAUGUGUAAUACGUAUGGGGAGUGGAAAUUAAGAAGAGUAAACUUAUUUAAUAAUUUAUAUUUCGGCACCAAGUAAAUCCAUAAAACAAUGUUACCCUGAACGACACCCUUCAAAUUCUUAACCUUGUCUCUUUAAAUUAGUUACUAAGUAAGCGGGUUAUUCAAAUCAAUUGAAUCUAAUAUCUUUCUUUUUAAAAUGGUGAAAAAAGUUGUUUUGGGACAUUGUACAGUAUAACAUUAGGUGUAUACUUAGGAUCUUGUUCUUGUUAAAAAAUUCAGUUGUUUCCCGGUACUAAUUUUUCCGUAUCAUUUUUUCAAGUGGGUUUUAAGUAUAUCUAAAUAUACCCAUCGUUCCAUAACAGUAUAUUAUGACGAAUCUGUCACCAUGCUUUACAGUUGGUAUCAUAUCUUUCAAAUCUAACGCUGUGCUGCUUUUCCUCCAUAUUUUGCCUUUUAAAUCCGUUCAAAAAAUAUGGUACAACGAAGACAGACAAGAUCGGUGUUCCUAUGUCUUUUCAGUUGCAAGACAAGGAAGAACAUAGAAACGUACGUCGCUUCGACGCUCGGUGUGUCCCCGGCCUAAGAGGUAGCCAAAAAGUCGGCAACAUCGCCGCAACAGUUUGCAACAGGCUGCCGCUUGUGUAUUAAUGUAAAGUAAAUCCGGGUAUAAUUUAUGUGUUAAGUCGACUUUGUAUCGUGAAGUAUUAUUACUUUACGCGGUAAAAAUUUAUUUUUCUAUAUUUAAAAGAAACUCAUUCAAAAUGAAACUGUAUUGUAACGUGGCAAUAAAUAACAGACUGUCUUCGACAAAUGUGAUGUUAAGGAAAUCACAACGUUCAAUUUUAAUACUUGGGAAACAGACAGCAGACAGUAACGAAUUAUGUUUAUUUUUGCAAACGUUACAUAGCGAACAAACUACUACAUACAAAAUCGAUGAUAACAUAAAUAAAAUAUUCACAAGAUUCAUUAAUGAAGGAAAGGCCACGAUUCGCCUGACAGAACCAUCUCAUGAUUUAAUUAUUAAAUCUGAUCGAAUUCAAUUGAAAUAUUUUAUUUGCUCGUUACAACAAUCAAAAACUUUGAAACCAUCGUUUAUAACUAUUUUUAAUUCGUCUUCGAAUAAAGAAAGAAGAGGUUCUUCUAUCCAAUCUUCUGUUCCAAAGAUUAAAGUUGUGAUUAAUAAACCUUCUCAAUACCCAGUCUUAGAAGGUUUUCCAAGGACUACAGAAGAACUGCAUUUAAUAGGAUUAAAUAGAACGUCAUUCGACAGACAAGUUUUAAAACUCCAAAGCUUGAGAAUAUUAAACUUGUCCAAUAAUCAAAUUUCAUCUUUGCCGAAAGAAUUAGGUUCCUUGCGUCUGCAGGAACUAAAUGUAUCACAAAAUCAACUAAAUGAAGAUAAGAACUGGAUAUGGCUAGAUGAAGUUACUAUAAACCAGACUAUAAAAUUCUUAGAUAUAAGCAAUAAUUUUUUAAGAAUGUUACCGGAACGUAUUGGGAAACUUUGUGCUCUCGUUGAUUUGAAGGCUAGCAAAAAUAUGUUAUUUUAUUUACCACAAAGUAUCGGAAGGUUACCACAUUUGCAACAUUUGGAUGUAGCUAACAAUAAUUUAAAAUGUAUGCCUGGAAGUAUGAGGAACCAACUGCUCAUUUCGUUGGAUAUCUCUGAGAAUAAAUUCGAUUAUUUUGGGUUAAAUUCUAAUUCGAGUACUAUUGAUGUACCUAGUUUGGUUGAAUGCGCAGCCCGAGUAUUUCUUAAAACAAGAUGUCCGUAUGAUGCAAGUCAAAUCCCAGGUGUGUUGGUAAAGUAUUUAAACGAGGCAAAGUAUUGUAUUUGUGGUAAUCCUUGUUUUAAGUCGUAUGUAAGACAAUUCCGAUGGUGUCGUUUUCAUAGCAUAACUAGUAAUGUAAAAUCAUCAGUAGAUGUUGUACCAUUUGAUUGUUAUUUUUGCUCGCUUAUUUGUGCAUAUCGUAACAUACAUUAAUUUUUAUUUUUAAAAAGAGGCUUUCUGUAUAACAAGGUGUAAG